CUCCUCUCCUCUUAUUCCAAAGAUUCAAAAAAAAAAAAACUCUUCCAUGUAUUCUUGGCUGGCGCGUGUGCUUUGGGUCUUGGUCAGGAAUGAAACAUGAGCUCUAGGACUUUGACGGGGCUGAGGACUGCGAAGUCCUUGCGACUCACGCAGAAUAAUGCUGCUGCUGGAAACAGCAGCGCUAAUACAUCACCGGCAUGGUGCCCUUCUACAAAGCGAUAUGUCUCCUCCACCACCGAGCGACAGGUUCAGCAAAGCGCCGAGUUCUCGUCAAGCAGUCGGAGCUAUGAGCGACUGGGCCGUCGCGCCAAGGAGAAGUUGCUCGAUCGGGAAUUCUUUCUUAGCUUGCUUAAUUCCGCGUCGACGAAGCGAGAAGCCAAGUCCUACCUAGCUCGUCUCAAGGCCCAGCACCAGCUCAAUGCAAAACAGGCAGCACCCAACCCGCUUGUCUCAGAGGUGAAGAUUCCUUCUACGGCUGUACCUCCACCGCCUGGAGUUAAUCUGGGUUCUUUCUACGGUGCCUCCAGGUCUGUCUACGAGGCGCCGGUUUUCAUGCAUGAUACUACCCCCACUCCCCCGCCGCAGACCAUCACGGAGCGCCUACAUCUGGCACUAAUCAAGAUUACCACCCCGCAACUCUUCGAUGACUAUACUAUCAAUGGUGUGGCCAAAACAUUGUCCCAGCUAAACCGUCUGGGGAUGGCAUGCUGCGUUGUGGUCGACCCGGGCCCAGGCGAAGAUCUCAAUGCGUUGCGGAAGAUUGCUGCAGAGCAGGCAGAUCGCCUGUCCUUGGCCGUUGAUGCUCAGCCAGAUUCGAAAGCUGCCCACAUUGACUCGGUGCUGUCCAUUUCCACGCGGCAGCCGCCCACAUUGAAGAUCUCCUCGCGAAAAGCACUCCUUGGCCCGCUGCGGGAUGGCCAGAUCGUGAUCGCGGCUCCAGUGGCCUACACGGAAGAAGUUCCCCGCGCUGUCACGGUCUCCGGCAACGACGCCAUUCUCGCAUUGACGAAGGAACUUGCAGGGUUAGCGACAGUUCCUGACCCCGAUGAGGAUCCGCUGCUUACAGCCCAGAGGAUCAAGGAUCUACAGGCGGAAGUUUCCCUGGAUCGCGUCAUUCUCCUAGAUCCUCUGGGUGGCAUUCCGGCUCUCAGUGGCCCUCAAUCAUCCCACGUGUUUAUCAACAUGGAGCAAGAAUUUGGUGAUAUUCAACAAGAAUUGCGUCAGGCGCAGCAGUCCGCAUUGUCAGCAGAGAAGAGUCCUUCUCUGGAACAAGCCGGUUACCCGUCGAUUCCCGCUCUGGAAGCGACCGCUAUAGAUGGUCACCUCGAGAAUUUACGACUGAGCCAAGCCGCCCUUGCAUUGCUCCCGGCGGCUUCCUCUGGAAUCAUAACCUCUCCACUCGAGGUCGCAGACUCGGCCCAAUCCUCUCACGGCCUUGCGCCAGAUCUUUCCGCGGUCGGGACCCGUCGACAGCGGAACCCUCUGAUUCAUAAUCUCUUGACUGAUAAGCCCCUUCUCUCCUCUUCUCUGCCUCUCAGCCGGCGUGCAGCAAUGAACGGACGACCCACCUCUCUUGCUGCUUCCGGCCUACAUACGACGUUUGUCAAGCGCGGUAUGCCCCUGACUCUGAUCCCGAAUCCACGAGUCCAAGUGUGGACCGCACAAACCCGCCCACGGCUGGGACUGGAUGAUCCAUGUAUUGAUCUUCCGCGCCUGGUUCACCUCAUUGAAGACUCAUUCAAUCGUAAACUGGACGUACAGGAUUAUCUGAACCGUGUCAACGGUCGGUUGGCUGGACUCAUCAUUGCUGGAGAAUAUGAAGGAGGAGCCAUCUUAACGUGGGAGCUACCUCCCGGGGUGGAGGAUGACGGAAGCGAGGCAAGCCAGGCGCGAAUGGUUCCCUAUCUGGAUAAGUUCGCUGUCCUGAAACGCAGUCAAGGCGCGGGAGGAGUGGCGGAUAUUGUGUUCAACGCGAUGGUACGGUCCUGUUUUCCGAAUGGCGUGUGCUGGCGCAGCCGCAAGGACAACCCGGUGAACAAAUGGUACUUUGAGCGCUCGCAGGGAACCUGGAAGCUGAAUGACACGAACUGGACGAUGUUCUGGACAACGCCCGGAUUGGUGCAAGAUUCACAGAGAUUCCGUGAUUACGAAGGAGUGUGUCGCAGCAUCCAGCCCAGUUGGGCGGAUGAUAUUGGGGUGGUGGACUGAUUAACCCCUGCUUGCAUUGCACAGUGUUUAUAGACCUACUAGAUGAUCCUUGUGGAAGUAUAUAUGCCUGACUUCAAGUUGUCGUCAGGAUUUCAGCCUCUUUAC